GAGACCGUGGAGCGUUGAAAAUGACGCUCGGAGCUUUAAUUACCGCAAUGGCUGGACAAGUGUGAGGAAAACUGACAGGGGCAAAAAGGAGGACAGGAUCGAGGAGAAGCAAAGAAGCACCCCCACCCCUUCUCCUUUUCCCUCCAGAUUUGGACCGGAGGUGCAAAGAGAUUGGAGAGAGAGCUGAACAUAGCCCGGCUUUGGGGGAGAGGCCGGAACCCUGCCGCCUCUUUGCAAUCAACUUUUUUUGGAAGCCUUUUUUCCCCCUCUUCUUUUUAUUGUUGACCAACCAGUGAGAGAGGGGGAGCGAGCGAGCGAGAAAGUGAGGAGGGAGCGAGCAAGCGGAGGAUCACUCGGGGAAAUAGCUGUACAGUCCUGCCUGGAGCACCAGCCGCACAGCACAGUCGCGCUCACUCCCAACGGCGCGCACUCUCCCGCGGUCCCUCGCCGGGUUCCCGGGUCCCCGGGCCCUGGAAGCCACCGGUUCACUCGCUAACCCCGGGAGCCCGUGCACCGCGCUCGCCGCGCCCGCCCCCUUCGCGCUCCCCACGCGCUCCCGGCUGAGGGGGAAAAGCUCCUCCGCGUGCCCGCAAGGGGCUAUGCCAUUUGGACAUGUAAUUGUCAGCGCCGGAUCUGAGACUUGCCCAAAAUGAAGCUGGCGACGGGACUGUGGGUCUGGGGGAGCCUUCUGGUGGCAACGGGGACCGUCCAGCCCAGCGCUUCGCAGUCAGUGUGCGCAGGAACAGAGAAUAAACUGAGCUCUCUCUCUGACCUGGAACAGCAGUACCGAGCCUUGCGCAAAUACUAUGAAAACUGUGAGGUAGUCAUGGGCAAUCUGGAGAUCACCAGCAUCGAGCACAACCGGGACCUCUCCUUCCUGCGGUCUAUCCGAGAAGUCACAGGCUACGUCCUGGUGGCCCUCAACCAGUUUCGGUAUCUUCCUCUGGAGAAUUUACGCAUAAUUCGCGGAACAAAGCUGUAUGAAGAUCGCUACGCCUUAGCGAUAUUCCUAAACUACAGAAAAGAUGGCAACUUUGGACUUCAAGAACUUGGAUUGAAGAACCUGACCGAAAUUCUAAAUGGUGGAGUCUAUGUAGACCAGAACAAAUUCCUGUGUUAUGCUGACACCAUACACUGGCAAGAUAUUGUUCGGAAUCCAUGGCCUUCCAACAUGACUUUGGUGUCAACAAAUGGAAGCUCCGGAUGUGGAAGAUGCCAUAAAUCCUGCACUGGACGAUGCUGGGGACCCACAGAAACUCACUGCCAGACCUUGACCAGGACUGUGUGUGCCGAACAAUGUGAUGGCAGGUGCUAUGGACCCUACGUCAGUGACUGCUGCCAUCGGGAAUGUGCUGGCGGCUGCUCAGGACCAAAGGACACUGACUGCUUUGCCUGCAUGAACUUCAAUGACAGUGGAGCCUGUGUUACUCAGUGCCCCCAAACAUUCGUCUACAAUCCCACCACCUUUCAACUGGAGCACAAUUUCAAUGCAAAGUACACAUAUGGAGCUUUCUGUGUCAAGAAAUGCCCACAUAACUUCGUGGUGGAUUCCAGUUCUUGUGUGCGUGCCUGUCCUAGUUCCAAGAUGGAAGUAGAAGAAAAUGGGAUUAAAAUGUGUAAACCUUGCACUGAUAUUUGCCCCAAAGCGUGUGACGGCAUAGGCACAGGAUCAUUGAUGUCAGCUCAGACCGUGGAUUCCAGCAACAUUGACAAAUUCAUCAACUGCACGAAGAUCAAUGGGAACCUCAUCUUCCUUGUCACAGGGAUUCACGGGGACCCUUACAAUGCAAUUGAAGCCAUAGACCCAGAGAAACUGAAUGUCUUUCGGACAGUCAGGGAAAUAACAGGUUUCCUGAACAUACAAUCGUGGCCUCCAAAUAUGACAGAUUUUAGUGUCUUCUCCAACCUUGUCACCAUUGGAGGAAGAGUCCUCUACAGUGGACUCUCAUUGCUUAUCCUCAAACAACAAGGCAUCACUUCCCUACAGUUCCAGUCUCUGAAGGAAAUCAGCGCGGGCAACAUCUACAUUACCGACAACAGCAACCUGUGUUAUUAUCACACCAUUAACUGGACAACACUCUUCAGCACCAUUAACCAGAGAAUAGUGAUCCGAGACAACAGAAGAGCAGAAAACUGUACUGCUGAAGGGAUGGUGUGCAAUCACCUGUGUUCGAAUGAUGGCUGCUGGGGACCUGGGCCAGACCAGUGCCUAUCAUGUCGGCGCUUCAGCAGGGGAAAAAUCUGCAUAGAGUCCUGUAAUCUCUAUGAUGGGGAAUUCCGAGAGUUUGAAAAUGGUUCCAUCUGUGUUGAGUGUGACUCCCAGUGUGAGAAGAUGGAAGAGGGACUACUCACGUGUCAUGGACCGGGACCAGACAACUGCACAAAGUGUUCUCAUUUUAAGGAUGGUCCAAACUGUGUGGAGAAAUGUCCCGAUGGCCUACAGGGAGCUAACAGUUUCAUCUUCAAGUAUGCGGAUCAGGAUCGGGAAUGCCACCCCUGCCAUCCCAACUGCACCCAAGGGUGCAUAGGCUCAAGUAUUGAAGAUUGCAUCGGCCUGAUGGAUAGAACUCCACUGAUAGCAGCCGGAGUCAUUGGCGGGCUCUUCAUCCUGGUCAUCAUGGCUCUGACAUUUGCAGUUUACGUCAGAAGGAAAAGCAUCAAAAAGAAACGAGCCUUGAGGAGAUUUCUGGAGACAGAGUUGGUAGAGCCCUUAACCCCCAGUGGCACGGCACCCAAUCAAGCUCAACUACGCAUUUUGAAGGAAACAGAACUAAAGAGGGUAAAAGUCCUUGGCUCAGGAGCUUUUGGAACCGUUUAUAAGGGUAUUUGGGUGCCUGAAGGUGAAACAGUGAAAAUCCCCGUGGCCAUUAAGAUCCUCAAUGAGACAACUGGCCCCAAAGCCAAUGUGGAGUUCAUGGAUGAAGCCCUGAUCAUGGCAAGCAUGGACCACCCACACCUAGUUCGCCUACUGGGAGUGUGCCUGAGCCCCACGAUCCAGCUGGUUACCCAGCUGAUGCCCCAUGGCUGCCUGCUGGACUAUGUCCAUGAACACAAGGAUAACAUAGGAUCACAGCUGCUAUUGAACUGGUGUGUCCAGAUUGCUAAGGGAAUGAUGUACCUGGAAGAAAGACGGCUUGUUCAUCGGGAUCUGGCAGCCCGCAACGUCUUAGUAAAAUCCCCAAAUCAUGUGAAAAUCACAGACUUUGGACUAGCCCGACUUUUGGAGGGAGACGAAAAGGAAUACAAUGCUGAUGGUGGCAAGAUGCCAAUUAAAUGGAUGGCUCUGGAAUGUAUACAUUAUAGGAAAUUCACCCAUCAAAGUGAUGUUUGGAGCUAUGGUGUCACAAUAUGGGAACUGAUGACCUUUGGAGGAAAACCUUAUGAUGGAAUUCCAACCCGAGAAAUUCCGGAUUUAUUAGAAAAAGGAGAGCGUUUGCCUCAACCGCCCAUCUGCACAAUUGACGUUUACAUGGUCAUGGUCAAAUGUUGGAUGAUUGAUGCCGACAGCAGGCCUAAAUUCAAGGAACUGGCUGCUGAGUUUUCAAGGAUGGCUAGAGACCCUCAAAGAUACCUAGUUAUUCAGGGUGAUGACCGUAUGAAGCUUCCCAGUCCAAAUGACAGCAAAUUCUUCCAGAAUCUCUUGGAUGAAGAAGAUUUGGAAGACAUGAUGGAUGCUGAGGAAUACUUGGUACCCCAGGCUUUCAACAUCCCUCCUCCCAUCUACACAUCCAGAGCAAGAAUUGACUCCAAUAGGAGUGAAAUUGGACACAGCCCUCCUCCUGCCUACACCCCCAUGUCGGGAAACCAGUUUGUGUACCAGGAUGGGGGCUUUGCUACACAACAAGGAAUAGCCAUGCCCUAUAGAGCCACAACCAACACCAUACCAGAAGCUCCAGUCGCUCAGGGGGCAACAGCCGAGAUGUUUGAUGAUUCCCGCUGUAAUGGUACCCUACGCAAGCCAGUGGCACCCCAUGUCCAAGAGGACAACAGCGCGCAGAGGUACAGUGCUGACCCCACAGUGUUUGCCCCAGAACGGACCCCACGAGGAGAACUGGAUGAAGAAGGCUACAUGACUCCCAUGCGUGACAAGCCCAAACCAGAAUAUCUGAAUCCUGUGGAAGAAAACCCUUUUGUGUCAAGGAGAAAAAAUGGAGACCUUCAAGCUUUAGAUAACCCAGAAUAUCACAGUGCUUCCAGCGGUCCGCCCAAGGCUGAGGAUGAAUAUGUGAAUGAGCCACUCUAUCUCAACACUUUCGCCAACGCCUUGGGGAACGCAGAGUACCUGAAGAACAGCGUACUGUCUGUGCCCGAGAAAGCCAAGAAAGCAUUCGACAACCCCGACUACUGGAACCACAGCCUGCCACCCCGGAGCACGCUUCAGCACCCAGACUACCUGCAGGAAUACAGCACAAAAUAUUUUUAUAAACAGAACGGACGGAUCCGCCCUAUUGUGGCAGAAAAUCCUGAGUACCUCUCUGAGUUCUCGCUGAAGCCAGGCACCAUGCUGCCGCCUCCGCCCUACAGACACCGGAAUACUGUGGUGUGAGCUCAGCUGGGGUCUUCGGAGGAGAGACACGCCCACUCCAUCUCCCUUCCUGCCCCCUUCCCCAACUUCCUCCUUUUUCUCUGGUGGUCUUCCUUCUCCCAAGGCCAGUAGUUUUGACACUUCCUAAUGGAAGAUAUAGAGACGCAAUGAUAGUUCUAUGCUUACCUAACUUGAACAUUAGAAGGAAAGACUGAAGGAGAAAGAGAGGAGGACACACACUGUUUCUUCGUUUCUUCAUAUGGAUUGGUCAGCAGUGUCCGAGCUAGAGAAAGACUAGGAUGUAUAGGGUUAUACUGCCUGCUAAGAGUCCCAGCUUCGUUCCCUUUGCACUCUUUCUCUCUCCCUCUUUCUUCCUUCCCUUUCUUCUAUCAAUGCAGGUGAUUGAAAGCCCAGUCUCAAUUCUCAUCUGCAACCAUAGACUUGUGCAUAUUCAGCAUCUCUAAAUUCAUAUGAAAGCUUCCAUUAGAACAAAGGGGUAAACAUUUGGAUGCCACUUGAUAGUAACUGAGAUUGAGGAGCCAAUUUCUUUCUCCAAUAGCUUCUUUCCUGGCAAGUAAGAAUGUCCAACCCAGCUUUCAUAAUUUUUAAAUCUCCAUUAUAGUUAUAACUAGUAAUUAUGUUUAGAAGGCCUCUCUGGUGUUCUCAUUUUGGUUUGCUUUGGCCUGUUCCUUUAUAUUAAUUUCUCGCCUAUUUUUGGCUGUAGUUUCUAGUUGCAAAGAUAUUUACAUAAAAGCUUCUUGACAGAGUUAAAACACACACACACACACACACACACACACACGAAUUAUAUAAUGUAGAGGCCAAGACACUAGUAAAAAUAGCAUCAAAUCUAAGUUUCCUGUUUCACCCUACUAAAUUUAUUUUUCCCUCUCAUUUUUCAUUCUUUAGUAUUUUAUUCUUCGCCAUAAAUGACUGUCUUUGAUGGACAGUGGCAAUCUUAAGAGUAGAAGGGACGCUAAGAAACAGUUCUGUGUGGUUCACAAAAACAACUGAUACUUUCAGGGGUGGUCCCACGGGGAUCCAUGCAGUGGAAGAAGCACUGGAUUGGGUACGUCUACAUGGAAGGUACUCAGAAAUGUAGUUUGCACUUAAGCUCAAACUUGAUUUUCUGAACUCCUCUUUGGAUUUUGAAUGAAGCAAUAUGGAAGCAACCAGCAGAUUAACUAAUUUAAGUACAUUUUUUUUUUAAAAAAGGAUCUAAGAUAAAUACAGACUGGAAAUGCCAAACAAGCCAACUAGGACUUUGGAACAGUACCCAGGGAUUGUGGUGACAGGGCCAGCACAUUAUCUUCAUAGUACAUGACAUUUGCUGUGUGAGGAAGUAUGUUAAGUUUGUACUCUCUGUGUGAAGGAAUGCAAGUUACGGUCUGGCUUGAAUUCCAUGGAAUUUCUAGUAUGAAACUCUGUUUAUAUUGAGUAGAAGGUAACUUAACUCUUCACACCUAAGUUGCUAUGAUUAAAAAUAAACCAUAAACAUUUGAAGCCUAUGAACAGCUCCACCAUUAAGUUAAAGGUUGUAAAUAAACAUGAAAACCCUUCUCAUGGAAUCAUUUUAUUACCCAGUACAUCACUCAUGUAAUAAGUUAUGUAAUGAUUCUUCAUAUACUACCAUAAGAUGUCCUGGUUGUAGAACCAUCUCUUUUAGGUUUCAUUUUAAAUAACACCUGUGACAUUAAGAUGAAUGAUGGGAAAAAUUACAAAUGAAUCUCUAGUGAAUAAGAACGUUUAAUACAUUGCUCUUUUCUACAAAAUUCUUCUCCAAGACAUUUAAAUUUUUAAAUGUUUCUUUCUACUAUUAUUUUAUUAAGAGAAAAUUAGACUCACUAGCCUAAAAAAAGUUGAGUUAGAUUAUGAAUCUUUUUGGUCAGACAGCGAGUGCUUAAGAGAGAAAAGUUUUCAAGGAUGCUUGUGUUCCCACCUAUUUCAGAAAUGUAAAUCCAUUCAUCCAAAUCUAGAUUUAUUCAAUAGAUAUGAGUUUAAAGUCUACUAAAAGGGGGGAGCAGUAAGAUAAAUGAUAAAUCAUCGCUGACUUCAAAUUUUGUUUAGAUUUAUUUGCAGUGACAUUCUAUUUCUCCAGGAGUCCGAGGAACCAGGUCACAUUAACUAUUUGUGAAUUACUUCACAGAAAGGAUUUUGGUAAAUGUUCUGAAAACUCAUUGGGAUGUAAGUUAAAGAUCCUUUAUACUGCUGAAGAUGACAAACCAAUCAGUUCUACGUUCUCAUCCAGACACAGACUAGACUAGAAAAACAUCGCAUCACUGGCAAACUGACAUAGCUGGAGUCUUACUGUGAAAUCAGCAGCAAGAGGUGAUCUUUGGCCCAAACCCUUAAAUGUGUUGGUCUUGGCCUCUUCUUAAGCUAAGAGAAGUGAAGCAAACUGAAAGUGGAAGGGAGAGACAGGAGAAGGGUUUAUGAGAUCUUGCCUAUGAAGUCUUCACCAUGAACUUACUCCAGAUAAAGACACAGCAUAAUACAAGGGCCCCAGCUUUAGAGCCCAAAGUUCUCCCAACCCCAUUCAGAAGCAUCUACAAGAAAAGGGACUUUCUAUAGGUCCCUAUCACCUUUGAAGAGUUGAAAGUAAGCCUCUGUCAGUAGAUAAAUGCCUACCCAUUCAUUUUGGCAGCACUCUUGGACUGCUAUGAUGAUCUUUUAUCUUCAUUUAUCAUAUUGGUUUGGCUUCUAGUGAGAGUAAGAAGACAGAAUCUUUUAAUUUGUAAAAGGAACAAGAUUGUCUCUGAACUGUUAAAGCAACGGAAACAGAGUGAAUGCUAUCUCUUUCCUCCUCAAAAGCACAAGAUACUCAGGUCCCACUGGGGAUAGAUGCAGGUGAAACCAAGAACGGCCGCAAAUGCCAUUUUAUCAUUCCUGUUUAUGACUUUCUAAUAUAUGAUUGAUUUCAGUUGUUCUGGUCUUUCUGAUUUGUUUUAGUUUUGACCAUCUACGGGGAAAAUUUUUCAAGAGUGGGUUAAAGGGACAACAUGCAGGGAUAGCAGGGAGGCUUUUGUUGACACAGGAGAUAACUUGUUUAACCCAGUAAACUGGCAUCGAAUGUUGCUGGUUAAAGCCUACAAAUUGCUGUGGAACAUGAGAUGCUCGUCAUCACCAGCACCAAUUAAAAUAUGCAGAAUCAAUUUGUAACACUGAGUAAAAUUAAUGUUAAAAUUAAGCUUGCUAUAUUGUGUGAAUCAUCAAAGUGUAGUGAUCAUGCUUAUCUCGGGAAAUCCAACUUUCAGGCAGGGUAUUUUUUUUUUUUUUUUGUAAAAUAGUCAUUUAAAGAAGUCAUUCUUAAACAGAGGAGCAACGAUGUCCUCUAAGUCAGGAGAGGUCCAGAGUCCUAACAUGUUGCCAGUCAAGCAAGGUUGAGAUAAAAAACUACUCCUGGUUUUCUGAAUUACAUUAGUAUCGUAUGUUAGAAUGUGGUUCUCUCUAGACACAUUUUUGAGACAGUGUGAAAACACAGCAAAUUUUAAACUAUUAAAAACACAAAACUAAAAAAGGUCAGAGACUUACUAAGAGACUCUGUUUUGUAAGUCAGGAAGGAUGACUGACCGACUCUCACGUGAAAGAAGAAACGGAGCAGCUUCCAAGACAGUCAUUGCCACAUGCUAUACCUAUGAGAGUGGCACAUAUUGUCCAUGGUGGGAAAAGAACAGGUGAAGGACAUGAGGCUUUGAUGAUAGAUGAAGUUGGUAGAUGAUCAGUGUGCUUCCCGAAGUGUCAUAACUAGAAAGAAAAAACAAGUUUUUAUGCCUGACACAGAAGAAUGUAAAUACAAGAUUCUUUUGAAUAGUCUAACCUUUAUUUUAAAAUGAGAAUUCUUUAUCCAUCUGUAAUUCUUGAUUUUUUUAACUAGUAAAUGUAGUUCACAAGGUAAUAAUAAUAAUAAAAAAAAAAGAUGACCACUAAAGCAUGUGUAUAACUGGAUACGAUCAUGACAAUGCCAUAAGACGUAGUAUUAGUUAGGUCAUCAAAUGUUAAAUGCUUUUAGGAUUAAGAAGAAAUCAAACUAGAAAAUUAAUCAUACAGUAUAAAAUAACAAAAUAAAAUUCAGGCUAUGAAAGCAUAGGGUGGGUUUUGCAUAGUAAAUAAAACUAAGUUUGCCAUUUGAAAUGGUUGUUGGUUGGGUGUAGCAGAUAGUAGACAUAGUGUGGUUUCAAUUGUGAAAACUUGCUUUACAGCACUAUGGUCCAUUUUCUUCUUGUUCUCCUAUUCCUUCA